AACUCAUUAUUAAGAUAUCGAUAAACAAUGGCCAGACGUACUACUGCUUUCCUUAUCUUUCUGGUUUCAGCUCUGAAACUCAGCCUGGUGGUCAUGGCCACUACUGCUGGUGAUCACAAUUGUCAACCAAUCGUCGCCGGUGAUACUGACCGGAUUCAGUUUGCUCUUAAUCUGGAGUUCCUCGAAGCAGAGUUUUUCCUGAAUGGUGCAAUUGGUAGAGGACUUGACAGCAUCGCUCCAUCUCUGGCUAGGGGUGGUCCUCCUCCGAUCGGUGCUAGGAAGGCCAAUCUCGAACCUUUAGUCGCUAAAAUAAUCGAGGAGUUCGGUUAUCAAGAAGUUGGUCAUCUCAGGGCUAUAAUUACUAGUAGAAUAGGAGGGAUUCCAAGGCCGCUGCUGAACCUCAGCGUUCAGAAUUUUGCAAACGUAUUUGACAAUGCAGUCGGUUUCAAAUUGAUCCCUCCAUUUGACCCUUACGCUGACACAACCCGCUAUCUCUUAGCAUCGUAUGUGAUUCCCUAUGUAGGAUUAGUGGGUUAUGUUGGCACCAUUCCAAGUCUUGUCAGAGCAACUUCUCGAAGUUUGGUUGCUUCGCUUCUGGGCGUGGAGGCAGGACAGGACGCGGUCAUAAGAACACUACUGUACGAGAGAGCCAACCAAACUGUGCGGCCAUACAACCUUACGGUGGCCGAAUUCACAAACCGUAUCUCAGGGCUUAGGAACAAGCUGGCCGCAUGUGGCAUCAAAGACGAAGGCAUCCUGGUUCCUCUAUCUCUUGGAGCAGAGAAUCGUACGAACAGUAACAUCCUGUCUGCUGAUCCUAAUUCUCUUUCAUAUGCUCGGACGCCACCGGAGAUAUUAAGGAUAGUGUACGGAAGUGGCAGUGAGCGUAUACCUGGUGGGUUUUUCCCUAAUGGUGGAGGUGGGGACAUCGCAAGGAGGUAUCUUCCCAGAGCUUAAUUAGGAGCUUCCUAUAGUUCUGGCCGGGAUGGGAUGCUUUCUAAUUGGUAGUUUUAUUGCAUGGUAUGGAACCAGCUGAAAUUUACAAUAAAGAUCAAUCAAUAAAUUGAUGGUUAAAAGGAAUAAAUCAUUAAAUUAAUGUUUGUAGUUUCUACAAUAUUGCAAUUACGAGCCAUGAUCAAGAAAUCCCAAUAUAUUAUAUUUUGCUGAGUAAA